GGAACAGAACCCUAAUAUCAAACUGUAUAACCGAAUCAAAACCUCGAUUUAUUCGCCUCCGAUAUCUCCUCUUCCACGCUCUCCUCCUUCACUGACAUAAACACUGAAAGAUAUUGUCUCUGUCUCUUAACUGCUUGCUCUAUUGUUGAAUUUUCUUUGACUCUUUUGGUGAAUACUAUUGUAAAAUCUAAACGCCUCUACGUGAUUUCCUUCUUUACAGUUCCGGAGAAAGAAAAAGGAACCGUGUAUACAUCUGUCCCCUGUCAUUCCUUGUUCACAAAUUGAUUGCUUUAUUUGUUUUUUUUUGGGAAAGUUCCUUCCUUUCUUGCGUAUACAAUAAGUUUGAGCAUUCCAAGAUCGAAUUGAAGUAUCUUACUUUGUAAAUCUGCAAGACCCACAUGCAGAUUCCGGGUGGUUUUUGCUUGUUGGUUGUUAUUUGCGCUGUUCUUGAGUUGUACAAGAGGUUUUUCAAGAGCUUUCUGGGAUUUUUGGCCAUGGAUUGCGCCUCAUGUUUGAAGUUUCUGAGUCAGAGCAGUGGGUUUGGAUGUGGGUUUUUGGGGUUUGGGUGUUCCUCACAGGUUUUCAGUUUUUUGGAGUUGUUUUUAAUUUUUGGUUUGGGGAUUAAAGUUUUGCAACUUGGUUGGCACGGCAAGGGUUUGAUGCAUUUUUUGUGUGACUUUAGAGGCAAGUCAAGUAGUCUAAGAAAUAGGUUUUGUCUGAAAAAUGGUGAGUGUGGCUCUUUGACCUUCUUGGUGAGUUCAAAUUCAUCAACUAAGGACGAUUUACUUGUAAGCAAAGAGGUUACGAAUUCAAAUGGUGAUGUUAAGGCAAAGGAGGUUUUGGAAGAGGACUAUGAAGAAAAUGAAUGUUAUGAUGAGGAUGAAGAGUUUGAUGUAAUGGCACUGAGAAAAUUGGUGAAGAUAGAAAGACAGCGAGCAAAUGCUGCUAAUGCAGAGCUUGAGAAGGAAAGAAUGGCAUCUGCAACGGCAGCGGAGGAGGCAAUGGCCAUGAUUUUGCGCCUUCAAACCAUGAAGAGCUCAACAGAGAUGCAAGCCAAUCAAUACCGCAGGUUGGCGGAGCAGAGGCAGCAAUAUGACCAAGAAGUGAUCCGUUCUCUGAGAUGGAUUGUCAUGGAACACGAGUCUAACAGGAGUUUGUUCGAGGAUCAAUUGAGGUUGUGUAAGAAAAAGUUGAAGCUAUAUAUGAAGGGAGAUGAAGUGGAUGGACGUGAAGGGAUUGAUGCAAGUAUGAAUUUCUUAAAUUCCACUACUACAAAAGAUUGUCUUGAUGAUGAGCUAAUUAGCUCUCUUGACAUGGAUUCCUUGAUAUUGUAACUUGUAAGUUACCAAGCAUAUGUUGAAUAAUACAAUACAUUCCAAUA